GUCUGGUCACACUUCGCAUAGACGUAGUACGUACGCUGCACCCGCAGAUUGGAUUUGGCACAAAAGAAGGGCAACAAACCGUCUAUAUUGCGAUACUGAGACCAUUCCCAGUGGCUUAACGCACUAGCUCUGCUGGCAGGAGAUCCCCGAAAAUGAGCCUCCAGCGUGCGUGCGACCGCCGAGUCCUGUAAUCUUUCGUGGGCGAACUUCUGGCGGAGAAGAGCGAAUCAAAGCGGCGGAAAUCGGAGGAAAGCCAAGUGAAAACAGAAUUGGGUAGGCGGCGACAACGCCAACUAAUCAACGAAAACCCGAAAUACUGUAAUCGGGCGAUCUAAGAUCCCAAGAGCAAUCCCAAGCGGACUAUCCCAAUAGAACAGGAUGUGCAGCUUGGAUGUGAGACGAUUCUUUGAGGAGUGGCGCAUCUGGAUUCGCCCACUUUUGAUCGUGACCUAUGUCAUAUUCGCCAUAAUCGUGGUGCCGCUCCUUAUAGUAAACUCCGUGAAGGAUGGUUUCCAACGCAACGAUCAGCUCAUCCUUAUUGGCGGUCUGUUUGUCCUGUCCGCCGUGCCCGUGUCCAUAUGGCACAUCAUUCAACACGUCAUACAUUUCACAAAGCCCAUUCUGCAGAAACACAUAAUCCGCAUAUUGUGGAUGGUGCCCAUCUACGCCUUGAACGCGUGGAUCGGCCUCUUCUUUCCGAAGCACUCCAUCUAUGUGGACUCUCUGCGCGAAUGCUACGAGGCGUAUGUGAUCUACAACUUUAUGGUGUACCUGCUCAACUACUUGAAUCUCGGCAUGGACCUGGAGGCCACCAUGGAAUACAAGCCGCAGGUGCCGCACUUCUUUCCUCUCUGCUGCAUGCGUCCGUGGGUGAUGGGCCGCGAGUUCAUCCACAAUUGCAAGCACGGCAUCCUGCAGUACACAGUGGUGCGACCCAUCACCACCUUCAUCUCAGUUAUCUGCGAACUGUGCGGAGUCUAUGGCGAAGGUGAGUUCGCCGGCAACGUGGCCUUCCCCUACAUCGUGGUCGUCAACAACAUCUCGCAGUUCGUGGCCAUGUACUGUCUGGUGCUCUUCUACCGUGCCAACAAGGAGGACCUGAAACCCAUGAAGCCCAUUCCCAAGUUUCUGUGCAUCAAGGCGGUGGUGUUCUUCUCAUUUUUCCAAGGAGUGCUGCUCAAUGUGUUGGUAUAUUAUAACAUAAUUAAGGACAUUUUUGGCUCGGAUGUGGGCGACACAAAUCUGGCUUCAUUGUUGCAGAACUUCCUUAUCUGCAUUGAGAUGUUCAUCGCGGCGGUGGCCCAUAUCUACAGCUUCCCGCAUCACCCGUUCCAUAUCAACUCGCCGCAGUACUGGAACAACCCGAAUCACAGCUGGUGUCGCGCCUUCCUCUCCAUGAUGGACAUCUCGGACAUGCAGGAGGACGUUACCGAGCAUCUGGGCGUGGUGAGCAGCUCGCUGAGUCGCCGCUUCCAGGGACGCAGCACCUAUCAGCCGCUGGCACGCAGUCCUCGCCGUUCCAGCAGUGAGUCCGAGUAUCUUAUCAGCAAGCGGCAGGAUCAACAGCUGCCGGGCAACUCGUCGCAAUCAGGUAACAUGUAUGGCGCGACUUCCAGUCGCCUGAUCGUGCCCGUGUAUGAUGGCAAGCUGAAUACGUUGCCCGAAAACCAACCCACUCACUCCCAAUCUCGAUUUCCUCUAGCAGGCGCGGUCGACGAUAUCAACAGUAGCAAUAGCAACAACUACCAACAACAACAACUACACUUGCCGGGCUCUCAGCCGUCGACGCGUCAGCGCGAUACGCUGCAUCUUCGCGAGCGUGAAAGAGAGCAUCCGGUUGCGGGUGCUGGCGGAGGAGCUGGAAGCAGCUUCCUUCGCCUGCCGCCCGGUGCCGGAAAUGCCUCGGCGGCAGCGCCGAUUCCCGAGUCCAACGAUGAUUAUGCACUGCUUUUGGGUGCGGGCGCAGGCAGGUGACACCGCUACCAACAGUACCACCACUACCAGCACCAUCAGCACCCGCACAUUGACGAUGCUUUCGAGGAUGAAGACGGCGUGGACGUGAGCCAGCAGUUGAAUGCCUCAUCGCUCAGCGCCUCGCUGUCCGUUUCGUUUGGCAUGUCGAGCAGUUUGAAAUUUAGUGCCACUGGCAGCAACCAGUCGGCGUCCGAGUGGUCAAACUCAACGGGCGGGGAUGAUGAUGAUGAUGACGCAGACGAAGACGAUGACGCGGACAGAGAAGAUGGGGACGACGCUGCUGGCGAACAGCCCGUUGUUGUUUUUGCCUCCACGACGCGACGUCGCCGCGAUCGAGAGUACAUCACCUAGACGCGCUGACCUUAAAACCUUCUUCAGUUAUACGCUAUUCUUAUAUUUAUUGUUUUUCCCCACAUUUUGUUUUGUGCUAGGCUUAGAAUACUCAUGAAACGAACACUUUCGAGCGGCCCAUUAAAUGGGGUAUUUGAAUUGUGGCCUUAGUUUUCAUUGCGAAAGCAACUUGUUUUACAAACGCCUUUGCUGUAAUCGUUUUUCCUGAUAGCGCACACAAGCCAAUCCACACAUCCCGUUGGCCAAAGAAUCAUCAUUCAACAUGUGCGAAACUGGGUCUGAUAUUUUGUACGUACUUUUAUGCGCUGAUUUUGUAAUAAGACCACCUUUCCGAAACGAUAUUUUUACUUUAUACAUCCCCGCGAGGAGGCCCCGCCUGUAUGUAGUUAGGUUGAAAACUUUUGUGUGGCGUAGUAGUUAAUUAAAAUCAUGCCUGAACCGAUUGUGAAUUUUGUGACUGCCGCCGGUCAGAAAAGGGCGUAAAUUGUAUUUAAAUAGAAAUUCUUAUUGUAAUACUAAUAUACACAUUUAUAAUAUAAUAUUGGAAACUA